GGUAAAUAGAAAGCAGGAAAUUGUAUUGAAUAUUGAACGAAUUUGUAAAAUAAGCACUUGCAGGAAUAGGAAGCGUGGUUAAACUCGUUUUUAUGGAGUACCGUGCUGAAUACAUAACAUAUUUUAUGCUUCAACUGCUUUUGCUUCUUGCAAAAUCCUCCUAUGGAAAGGUAGAACUGGAAUCAAACUCAUGGUCAUGUCACUCGGGGUGCAAAAAGUUCUGUCUUCCAUCCUGUAAAAAGAGCUGCUGUUCCGCCAGAUCUCAAACCUAUCAAGAAGGAAUGUUUAAAGAUCUUUUGAAGUACCAGGACUCAUUGUCUCCAUCAUUAAUACCACCAGUGCAAUCAGUUCUAUUUAUGUCACCAGCUCCACCAGCACACCCGGCACCAUCGAUGCCACUAGCAACACCAGCACCACCAGCGCCAUCACAAGCGUCACUAGGCCAGCUAUUCAAUUCAGCAUUCCAGCAAACAACAGAAGGCUCUCCAACAGCUGUCCAAUGUGGCCAAUGGUGCCCGAAGUCGUGUGCUCCAACUUGUCAGUCGCAAUGUUGCUCCGGUGCCUACAUGGACGGCUUUGGUACGCAGGCCAACCUAUACCAACAGCCAUAUGGCAAUACACAGCAAGAAUACAUGCAACAAUGGUAUCCUUAUAACACUUAUCCUGAAUCGGGUUACUCUCAAAACAUGCAAACUGGUCCCAAUUAUCAAUCUGGACUGUCAAAUCAACCAUCGUAUCCUCAAUAUGGAGAGAACUACGCACAAGACUUGACAGGGAACACGGCAUAUCAAGAUAGUAAUGAUAUAUAUGAUGUUCGCAUACCUUCAGCAUUUGAGCGCCUCAGGGCCUUAAGAAAAACAAGAAAACCCAACAGAGUGGUGAACAACGUCAAAUCGUCGAAACCAAAGACACAAAUCAAGCGAUAUCGCCAUCGAUUCUAUGAUAAGAAUGGUGAUCCCCAUGACGAAAUAGUUUAUGAUGGUGCUAGAUGUGACCCAAGCUGUCGCAGGCUUUGUGAGCCCUCCUGUCGCUUUGAAUGUUGUGUAGAUCCUCUUUCCACAUCAAAAACAACAAAGAAUGAUAUUCAAAAGAAGCCGAUCCCUGCCGUGGAAACCCCUUUGGCGAAUCAAGAAAAGCUGACACAUCCAAAUGCAAACUUAGCUCUGAAUAAAAAUUCCAUUAUUACUCCACGGCAGCCCCCAGCGGAUAUUGGGGCUACACAAUUGGAGACGUUUUCAAAACAAGGAAGUUAUAAAGAUGAUUUAGAUGUCGCUAUGAAUCCAUAUGAUCAGUUAUCUUCGUAUACUCAGUCAUCUUCCUAUGAUCAGUCUUUUCCGUACGCUCAACAUUCGCCAUACGUCCAAAAUCUGCCUUCUUCUAACGUUCCUUAUGCGGCACCUUCUUAUUUUGGAGGUCAACAGCCUCGCUAUCCCAGUUAUUCUUCUGGUUACAAUAAUCAACCAAGCGGUUUCACUGCGCAAGAUUCUGGGUAUAAUGGAAAGCAAUACGCUUACACCAGAGAGCAAAUGGAACAUCCUCAGCAGCAGUCUAGGUAUAGACAGCAAGCAGUUAACAAUGGACAACAAUUUGAUCAGACUGGUCUGUCACAGAAAAAACAACAAUGUUCAAGUACAUGUCCACAAGCAUGCGCUCCAUCAUGUUCAAAGGAGUGCUGUGAUCGUACAUCACAACCAACACAAACAUGCAGGAAAGGAUGUCCGAGCAGCUGUGCUCCAGAAUGCAAGUCUAGAUGCUGCUGGGAUAGAAGACGAAACAUAAUCCCAUCAAAAGUAUGAAUACGACAGAUAGUUUUGCAAUCCACUGAAAAUUUGCAUCUUAUAAAAUCCUCUUUCAUUUAUGGAGACACAACGAUGUCAAAUCGCCACAAUUCAAUUAAUUUACAUUCCAGGGAAAUUAGUAAUUAUCUUAAAUCAGCAAUAUAUGCACGAUUAAACGAGACCAAAUCUUUGUGAUUUUAUUGUUGGAACAAGUAAAGUGUUUUGAUUUAAGCUAAAACUAAAUAUGCGUAUCUUUCAAUUUAUUAUUUGCAGGAGUGAGAAACGUUUUUCGAUAUUUUUCCCACCAACGCAAAUGAAAUUAUAAUAUAACAUAGGUACCUAAUUAACAUAAUUGCUAAUGAAUAACAAAUAUCCUAUACAAUGAAAAUAUUUUUUUGUUAAUUAACUGAAAAAACAAUAAAUAAAAUCAUUUUUGCUGCCGUUAACUGGUAGUUGAAUGAAUAA